UCCGACAGCAGCAGCAGCCCCCACAUGGCGGCGGCGGCACGGACCGGCCAAUCACGUGCACAUCCCUUCUGGCGCCGUUCUCUCACCCGGAAGUGCUGUGCUCACCCGGAAGCGAAUCUCAUCGGUUAAAGCGCCAAGACAGGUUCAUUCGUAGAUUCGAGUUCUUAGCGUUGUAGACUUUUGUCUGUUCCCGUGGCUUCGCCGUGUCCUAGAGUCUACUCCCGCAGACGGAGAUCUGCUGCCAUGUCUGUGGUUCCACCGAGCCGCUCGCAGGCUGGCUGGCCUCGAGGUGUCUCUCAGUAUGGGAACAAAUAUCUGCAGGCCAAGCCCCUGACCCUGGAAAGGACCAUUAACCUGUAUCCAUUGACCAACUACACAUUUGGUACGAAGGAACCUUUAUAUGAAAAAGAUUGCUCAGUUGCUGCUCGAUUUCAGCGCAUGAGGGAGGAAUUUGACAAGAUCGGCAUGAGACGCACGGUGGAGGGCGUCCUGAUUGUUCAUGAACACAGGUUGCCUCAUGUUUUAUUGCUGCAAUUGGGAACAACCUUCUUUAAAUUGCCCGGUGGAGAGCUAAAUCCUACAGAAGAUGAAGUGGAGGGCUUGAAGCGACUUAUGACUGAGAUUUUAGGCCGUCAAGAUGGUGUGCAGCAAGACUGGGUAAUUGAUGAUUGCAUCGGAAACUGGUGGAGGCCGAAUUUUGAGCCCCCUCAGUAUCCCUACAUUCCAGCUCACAUCACCAAACCCAAAGAGCACAAAAAGCUAUUCUUAGUGCAACUUCAAGAAAAAGCCCUUUUUGCAGUUCCGAAGAAUUACAAGCUGGUUGCCGCUCCGUUAUUUGAACUUUAUGACAAUGCUCCUGGUUAUGGGCCCAUUAUCUCCAGCCUUCCUCAGCUUUUGAGCAGGUUUAAUUUUAUUUAUAACUGAAGUGUAUGGAUGCAUUGCUCAAGAUCCUGAUGGAUGUACAACUACAAUUUCUUGUGAACAUCUCCAAGCCAGUAGUCUGGCUUCUCAGCCAGAGAGUAAAUCGGUUCUACAAACCAAAUCCAACAGCAUGCAGCACCUGACCUGCUCAGCUGAUGCUCCUGUGAGAUUUUGUUCAACUGUACACCAACUAUGAAGCCGAGGAGUUUUAACUGGUGCUUUUUUUUUAAGAAAUGUUUUCUGCUUAUGUAAUUGUUUGAGUUUUCUACUUUAUUAAAUGGACAAAUACCUUUAUUUUUGAGGGUUUUAAUUAGCUGUAGUUUGUGUAUUUUGUAUUUCACCAUUUAUUUGGACCUAUUGUAAUUGGAUAUGAGAGAAACCUAGUCGAUGUAUAUUGAUUAAAGACAAAACUGAUCUGAUUUAUUCUGCUUUGGUUUAUAUAGUAGAAGUGAUUUUGAAGCAAAUCUUCUGAUUAAUCAUUCUUUCCUCCAAUUUCAUGGUGAACUUUUUAGGGCUGUUUUGUAAUCUGGGAUAUUAACUGCAUGUUUUGCAGUUAAGUGAUAUGCUUUGGACCAUUGAGGUAUAUAAACAAGUGAUUCUAUGCAGCUAUUAUAAGGAGUGUGUCGAGGCAUUAAAUACUUGAAUAUAUUCGAACGUGAAUUGUUACAUCAGCAGCAAAGUGGUGAUCUUGGGUAUAUGUGGAUCUUCAAAAAUUCUGUCAUUAUGUAUUCUAAUUACAGAUUGGUUAGGGAUACUUGAAAUCACAAAUCGGUGCAAAACUGAAAUGUGCAAUGGUUGUAAUUUGAUCGAGCGAACAUGAAAAUCCAUUCUUGAUGUGGGUCUUGCUUGCUUUUAAGUUUAAUGACCUAGACCUUAGUGUGUCUUUCCAGUUAGUUGGUGUUUGGUUCAAUUUUGGGGCAAAAAACUAAUUUGGAAGUUCUCACGUGAAGAAUCAUAGUUUAUGCUGCACAAUUCUAAACUUCAGUUUGGAGGAUUUUAAUUCCUUUCUUGGUGUAUUUCAAAUUAUUUGAUUUCCUUUUCAACAAUUCCAGAAGUUGGUCAUCAAAAAGUUGGCAUUCUCAAAACUAACACCCUGACUUCAGUAACAGAUGUCCUUGAAUGUUUCAGAUAGAUGAAGAAAUGUUCAAAAUAACUUUUCUUCCAUUGUUACAAUAUUCAUUAACACUUUAGAGGUCCUGAGCAUUUUUCUUUUAUGUUGUCUGAUUGUUUUUCAUUCUGCCAAAUGUAUUACAGCCUCAGCUUUGUAAGAUGCUGAACUAAAUGAAGAAAUACGUUUGCAGAAUUAUUAGAUUUGCUUGUUUAAACUACAUUCAAUGCUAACUGUUUUGCCGAAAUUGAACAAAAGCAUGUUGGGGUGAAUUUAUUGCAGAGGUGGGGUAUUGUGCCUUGGUAAGGGAGAGAUGAACAACUGCUGCUUGUAUAUCCAUAAUGGGUGACUCUGGGCUCCCAAUGUAUUGUGGGGUACUGUAGGUUAAGAGUCGGGCAGUGGAUUUCCUUUUCUCCCCAUCUAUUGCCCUCGGCAGCCUAUCACUAUACCAAUCCCAUAAUAUAUAAUAGUACUUUAAUCACCAGUUAAUGGUGGUAGAUUAUCCUGACCUGUACUUCUAAUGCUCUGCAAUGUGAACAUGUUAUGCCAAUGUGGGUUUCCUUCACUUUCCUUCCUCUUUACCGUGAAUUGACCCUGGGUUAGCUGAGUAGGAGACGUUGAUGGGCAUGAGAGAAAAAAGAUGUAGAAAAAUGGAAUAGGACUGCCUAGAUAUGAUAUGUGUAUGGCCUGCAUUUAAGCCAAUGUUAAAUGCACCAAUCUGUUCUUACUCCCAGAAAUAAUUCUUUAAAAUGCUGUUCUCUAAAUUCAGCCAUUCAAUGAGAUUAUAGAUCUUCUCAACUCGAUCUAUGAGUAUCCAAGUCUUUUCGUCCAAAUAUUUGAAAGGGUCACUUCUCGCAAGGACUUGGAGUGCACCUUGUGGUUCCGCACUGCCCUAAUCACUUUAGGGAACAAUGCAUUUCUCUCCUGGUUUGUUGGUUGGCAAUUUUUUCUGUUUUGUAUCAAUACAGAUGGCAGUCACAACAACUGAUAAUCUUCAAGCCGUGGAUGAAUUUGAAAAGACAGUUUUAAUUAAGUGAAAAUAAAAUUAUUUU